CUUAUAUGUAACAGCAGCCGCGUCUCGUUACAGUCCACUGUGUUCGUUCUUUUUCCGCAAUGUCAACCAAUAUCAACGCGACCCCAACUGCAAGCCUCAGCCCCGGCGCGUCGUCCUCGCCAGGAUUGCCCAAGGAUUUUCUCAUGGCGACGUACGGAGCCUGGCUCAUCGGUUUAUUUCUCGAAACAAUAUUGUAUGGCUCAGGGCUGCUACAAACUUGGCUCUAUUUUAUUUGGUGGCCUAUGGACGGGUGGGAGAUCAAGGGACCGGUGUUGACUGUUUUCUGCCUUGAGACUGCUCAAGUCUUGCUUUUCUUCCGAAGCACAUGCGUUCGUUUUAUUGACAACUUCGGUACAUACCAAGAGACUCUGAUCUGGUCGGACUCUUCUCAACUCCUGGCGAAUGCAAGUCCACUCUUUCGCCGUACCCAUUUGAAUGACCUUGCCACAGUAUCUGUCCUCGUUUUCGGUUCAACUGUGAGCUCAUCCAUUUCUCCACGGCGUCCGAGUCUCACAUCCGCUAGUUAUUUCGCAAGCCGCCUGUAUCGACUCACCGCCGAGGGUGUCCGCCUCUAUCGUCCAGCAAGAUGGGGAAUUCACGUCAUUGUGUUCCUCGCAUUGCUUCAAGUCGCGGCGGGGAUUGCGCAGACGAUUGUCUCGUGGCGUGUACACUUCUACGCCAAGCUCGACAGCACCAAGGCCGUGACCACCCUCCAGACCGCGGCUUCCUUCGCAUGCGAUGUCGGUAUCACGGUCUACCUGUGUAUUUUCCUUUCACAAAACAAGGGCGGUGUGUUGAUGAAGAGGUUUGGGACGGUUGCAUUCGUCUUCCGGGGGUUCUUGGCUCACCGUCCCCCUAGGACGCGUCAUCUCUUGAACACGCUGAUCAUAAACGCGAUCAACCGGGGAAUGCUCACAGCCCUUGCCUCUGCGCUGACGAUGAUCCUCUUCUUGGCUCUUCCUGACACGUUCUGGUUCUUCUUGUCCAUGGCGCCUAGCAGCAAACUCUACAUGAACAGCAUGCUUGCGACGCUGAACAUGCGGCAGUAUAUCCGCCAGUCCAUCAACCCUGGCCAUACCGUCAAUCUGUCCGACAUUGCCAACCUCCCGCUGGACCCCGCCUCGACUGUUUCCGCCGUCGAAUUUUGUCACCCGAGCGAAACUGAUCCCGACAUGGCCAGAAAAUCGGUGCUCUAUUACAGCUCGGAACUGAACCUCGCUGCUGUCAAACAUUGCAGCGACAGCGAGAGCACGAACACGGUCCAGGAAAGCGACUCGAUGAGCCGCGGAAAUGUGCAUACCGUUUGAUCCUCUCUAUUCGAACUCUUCGCUUCAUACACGAUGUCUUCCUGUUACAACCCGAUCUGCAUCAGCCAUAGUACCCCCUCUUCCAUUCGAAAUUCGCAGUUACGUUUUUUUAACUACACAUAGUCCUUGAUACAGAUGUAUCCUUGCUUUCAUUGAAACAACCAGUGUCCGAAAGGUGCGAGACAAGAAA